CGCCUCCAAUUAUCGAUAGACGUAGUAUAAUAACAAUAAACAAAAAUUCACUGUAUUGCACGGCGCUAAAAUAAAAAUUAAGUUUGCAAAUCAUGGCGUGGACUGAAUUAUAAACCCGGCUUGAAACCAAAGGACUGCAAGUGGAACAGCUGAGCUGCACACUUGGGAAAUUGCCAAUCUGAAACUGCGUGGAAAAAAGAGUGGCCCAUUGAUUUUUCGCUAAGUAUCUGCUGAUUAAAAAAAAAUUGACCGCAGCGUUGGAAUUUCGGCCUGCCAAUCAGAAAAAUGAGUGGCGACGAAAGUGGCGAGGAGAAGCACGUCCUGAACUUGUCCAAGCAAAAGCUGAAGAAGGUGCCCAAGCAGGACGAUGCGCACAGCAUACGGCAGCUCAUCCUGGACGAGAACGAGCUGCAGAAGAUCGACAACAUAGACUCGUAUCUCAAAAUUGAAACGCUCUCCUUGGCCAGAAAUCAAUUGCUGCGCAUGUAUGGCGUCUGCCGGCUGCAUUGCCUGCGUGAACUGAAUCUGUCCUUCAAUGGCAUACUCUCUAUCGAGGGCCUGAAGGAAUGCAUCCAUCUGCGCGUUCUGAAUCUGGAGGGGAAUAACAUCAAGACCAUCGAGCAUCUGAACACGAAUGUCAAUCUGGAGUGCCUGAAUCUGGCGGAUAAUAGCAUUGGCAGCAUUUCGGAUAUGUCCUAUUUGCGCAAUCUCAAGGAGCUAUAUUUGCACGGAAAUCGCUUGACGCAUCUGAGGCAGUGCGACAAGUGUUUGCCCACCUCACUGGAAACCCUAACGUUGGCCAAGAAUAGCAUCAACGAUCUCAACGAGAUCUGUACGCUGUCGCAUCUGAGCAACUUGCUGAGCAUUUCCAUUGCGGAUAAUCCCUGUGUGACCAUGAUCAACAGUUUGGAUGGCUUUGAUUACCGACCUUUUGUUUUAAACUGGUGCAUGAGCCUCAAGUACAUCGAUGGCUUUGUGGUCGAUCCUAUUGAGAGUCUUAAGGCCGAAUGGCUGUAUAGCCAGGGACGUGGUCGCCAGUUCCGUGUGGGCGAGCAGCAGGGCUUGGCAAAAUACCUAAGUUCUGUGUGCCCGCUGGUGGGCAAGGCGCUGGAAAAUGAAAACGAUAGGAAACUCCGGCUGAUCCUCAGCAAGGCGCAACACCAUCAGCGGCAGCUGCAGGAAGAGAUCAUGGAUAACGCAAAUAGUUCUGCCAGCACUUCGCCCUCAUCCCAUCGCAAGAAGCCCACGAGUCGCAUUCAGUCGCCCAGAUUCUCCCGCUUGAGUGGCCGCCAGGGAUCACCGGAGUCCAUGGUGAAUAGCUAUCACGGGAACAGCAGCAACAAUAGCAUUGUUAGCGACAAUGGAUCUACGAAUCAUUCGCUGCAAAUGAGCAUUUCGCUCAUUGAGAACAUUAAAAACGAUGGCGAAGGCUUUAGUUUGGCCGGCAGCGGAAUGUCCAGCAGCGUGACCACCAAGACAUACAAUUCCACGGAGUCCACGCCACGGAAUAUAACACCCAAUCCCUACAAUGAUCAAACGUUCAUCAGUCAAACCCCAUCUGGUGGUCCAUUGGCGGCUGCCUCGAAAAUGGUCCCAGUUCCGGAGACUCUGAUGAGCCCGGAUGUCUGUCCCGCCGCUGUGGCCCAAAGAGUUACGGUUACGGCACUGAACCCUCAGCUGCACAAGACCAAGAUCAACAAAAAUAAAGACAACAAACUGAACUUGCCAAGAGUGCGAAGUCCACAACUGAAGAGGAACCAAAGCCCUACGAGCAGUCCACGGAGGAUGGCCAAUAAGUGCAGCGCGGACAACAUGCAGGCACCGGAGAAACUCCAGCAAUCGGCUGUUUUGGCCGAUAGCGGUGGCUUCAGCACCGACGACGACGGCGAGCAAAUCAACAUAGAGAAACUGAGAGCAAUCCGGAAGAUGGCCGCUCAGAAGCAACAGCAGAUGCAUCAGGAGCAGCUGAAGCAGCAGGUGGACAACAACCUGAACUGCCAGGAUCGGCUGAUCGAGCACGUGACAGAGUCCUCGGCCGUUACCAUCCAAAAGAUGUGGCGAGGCUAUCACACACGCAAGAAGACCAACAAGGACAUAGCCGAGCGAUUGCAGCGACGACGCACACAGGAGUAUAUCGAACAACUCGGCAAGGAUAUGCUACUUACGAAGGCCCAGCUCGAGAACGAGCGAAAGAUUCAGCAGCUGCAGAUGCAGGCCAUCAAUGCGCUGUGGAAAAAGGUGUCCACCAUGGAGGUGGAUCCCAAGGGAAUACCUGCUGCUGCGGAACAGGGCGAGGACUCCAAUGGCGGAGGGUCUGGCCACCUGAGUCUCGAUCAAAAUUCAGCCGCCGUGGUAAAUGAUUUGGCGAAAAGAUGCACCAUGCUCACCGAUCAGGUUCAAAUGCUGCAAAGCUCGAUUGGAACCAUCGUCAACUGCCUCACAAUGGUGUGCAAUCUGCCGCAGGACGCUAUUAAGAAGCAGGCCGAGAUCAUUGAUUGCAGCUCCACUCAGACGGACCUCAUUGCCGUACACACGCCGCAAAUAGAGGACCUCACCAAUUUUCCAUUCACCAAAACAAGGCCCUCAACCUUGGCCCUAGAAUCCAAGCACGAAGCUGCUCUGGCUUGUCCCAAAAUCGAUGAAUUGAAUGAUGUCGACCUGAAGGAGACCCAAGAAGACUCGGAAAAUCUUGAUAAAGAUCCAUGAACAAAUCCCAGUUAAUAAAUGAGGAGUAUAAACGCUUUAAGGGUCGAUCUCAGCGCUUAUUAAUUCCUUUCUUAGGCUUUUGUGUAGCUUUUGCAACAAUAUUAGAUCGGUUACGAGAACUUAGAAGUAGCACCAGCAUUCACAAACACAUUACUUUGUUACAUUCCUGAGAUGCAGCGAUGGUGGAAGACUUAACAAUAGUAUGAACAAAUCGUAAAUACAAAUUUUUGUAAAGC